AAAAGUUUAUAAACUUGUUGGUUCAGAGAAAGUGUGUUUUUAUUGCAUUUUUCUUCACCUAUAAAUCAGUCUACGUACCCAUUUUCCAGUGUCGUUUAAACCUUGUCAACAAAAACAGUAGGCGAUGAGGCUAACCCUAUGCUUACGAUAUGUCAGUACGCAUUUGAACACAACCAUGAGAAGUCACACAUAUGUUGAUUCUUUGGGCACUGCCAGAAUAAUGGCACAGAUCCUAGAUGGGAAGGCCCUCGCUAAGGACAUAAAGGACGAGUUGAAAGUUAAGAUUAGUAAUUGGGUGAACCAAGGGAACAGGUCGCCAUCACUACGGUGUAUUAUUGUUGGUGAGGACCCAGCGAGUCACACAUACGUUGCUAAUAAGAUUCAGGCAGCACUCGAUGUGGGUAUAGCAGCUGAUACCAUCAAGUAUGAUGCGUCGUUAUCCCAGGAGGAGCUGUUAGCAGCUAUUGAUGCUUUAAACAAAGAUGAUGAAGUUGAUGGCAUCUUGAUUCAGCUGCCUUUACCGAGGGGUAUUGAUGAGAGGAGAGUGUGCAAUGCAGUGGCGCCAGAGAAGGAUGUGGAUGGGUUUCAUAUUAUCAAUAUUGGGCAGCUCUCCUUGGAUAUGCCAACUGUUGUUCCUGCAACUGCGCUGGCGGUGGUGGAAAUGUUGAAAAGGUUCAAAAUCCAAACGUUCGGCCGGAACGCGGUUGUGGUCGGUCGGUCGAAAAAUGUCGGAAUGCCGAUAGCCAUGAUGCUGCACAGUGACAGAAAUCACGAUAGUGGCCUGGGAAUGGACGCCACGGUCACAAUAUGCCAUCGUUACACGCCUCGCGAACAAUUGGAACUGUUUUGCAGGAACGCUGACAUUGUUAUCACCGCGACCGGUGUACCGAAACUUAUCAAAGCGGAUAUGAUUAAGCCCGGCGCUACUGUCAUAGAUGUUGGCAUCACAAGAAUCACUACUGAGCAGGGAAAAACCAAGCUUGUGGGUGACGUUGAUUAUGAAAAUGUGAGCAAAAUAGCGGGAGCGAUCACUCCGGUGCCGGGCGGCGUGGGUCCCAUGACGGUAGCCAUGUUGAUGCAGAAUACUUUCCAAGUCGCACAAAGGCUUCGCCAGUCGCAAAUUGAGAACUGAAAGCGUUGACACAUAUACCUCCGCUCCUUGAUUUGCUAAUACAAUACAAUAUGCAGUUCACAUGAAAACUCUUUUCUCUUUUUAAUUGAGUAAAGUGUAAAACGCAUGUUUUAAUUUAUUACGUACUGUAACGAUUAAAUUGUACUCUAAUGUAUGUCAUUACGGUAACAACGCAGUGUAGUAAAUCAAUGACCUCGCCUCCAAGAGGCUCUUCCUGACUAGGCAUUAUUCGUCGCAUUUAUUACGUCAUACAUACUCUUUGAUUGUUUACUUUUGUUACGUUUUUUAAUAUUUUACGUUUUUUUUUUUUUAUCGAAUCUCUUAAGUUUCCAGUCUUCCGUAUAAUUGGAUGGGCCUAGGAAGUCGCUAUGUUUACUUUUUUUGUUUUUUUUUUUUUUUUUUGUAGAACCUUACAAACUCUUUGGUGCUUAAAUGCAUUUCUUUGUAAUAAUUGUAUUGUCGCUCGUUGGUUUAUAAACCCAAUAUCGAAUACAAUAGUGCCUUAUUUAUGUCUAGUUCUAAUGUCUUGAAAGUAUUAUAAAUGUUUUAAUGUAAGCUAUUAUAAAAUAUUAAAUUCGGCCAAUACAGACUGACCGAUGUAUAAGAUAGAUUCUACUAUAUAUAUAUUCUUUAAUGACAACUCGUGGAUCUAUAUUUUAAUUAAAAUAAAUAUGCGAUGCUUCUUAUUAUAAUUAACUAGCUUUUGCCCGGUGCUUUGCACGCUUUAUAUUCGGAGAAGUUUAAUGGAUAUAUACCUUCCCCUUGAAUCACUUUUUAU